AUGAGCAUAUCCGAUGUCGACAAACCAACUAUUGAGCCGCGUUGGUCUGAGCUAUUUGCCACAAUUGAAGCCAAAUUCGAAGCCUCCAAUAUUGCCAAUGAAAAGUGGUAUCUCGCAACUUUAAGCGCAAUUUCGACGACGCCAGAAUCACACGUUGGUGGCCAGCUAUACCUGUACCUGAUAAGCCAACAAUUGUAUUCGACCACCAGUGAGCGCUGGAAGCUAAUUCGACGCAUGCGCGAGGCGCUAUUCAAGGACAUUGCUCUUCUCGGACUCCCUAAACCGACAGAGGCACUCCUCAGUAUCACCAAAGUCAUGUCCGAGGAAGAUGGAGAAUGUUUUCACCCGAGAAGUACGCUAUUUGGGCUAUUCAAAAAGCAUCCAGACUUCGGCUUUUGGCUUGCUGAUAUCACCUAUGGGUUACUCUUGUCCGACCGCCAGGUUUUGGAUGAUGUGGAUACGGAGAUGGUGGUCUUACCGGCGGUCAUGGGUCAGGACAUGCCCCGGAUGAUCUACUGGCAUAUCCGAGGAACAAGGCGGUUGGGGAUCUCCAAGAAAGAUGUGCAAAUGGUCAUGGAGUGUGUGCGUCUGGUCGUUGAAGCUUGCGGUGUGACAUUGAAGCAAGUACCCAGUGUGGAUGAUGUCGAUGAAGAUUUGUAG